AUGCCAAUCUCGAACGCCGAGCGGGAGUACAUCGUGGGCGGCGUCGUGGACGACCUGCGCAACGACGGCCGCGGCAGGUUGGACUACCGCCAGAUAACGAUCGACCUGGGCGUCGUCCCUCAGUCGAGCGGGUCGGCGAGGGUGCGUCUGGGUAUAAUCCCUGGCGAGACGACCGACGUCAUCGUCGCGGUCAAGGCUGACAUCGGAACCCCUCCCAAGGAUAACCCCACGCACGGACGGAUACAGUGCGCGGUGGAGCUCAGCGCCAUCGCGGACGUGGAUUACAUGGGCCGCGGCGGCGAGACCCUCGGCGUGGAGCUCGCCAGGGCGCUGGAGCGCUCGCUGACGGGGCAGACCACCGGCGGCAUGGGCUCGCUCGCCGACGCCGUCGCGGGCGAACGCGGCGCGGACGCGCGCGUCUCCAAGCACGGCCCGGGCGCCGCCCUCGACAUGUCCACGCUCGGCAUCCAAAAGGGAAAGACGUGCUGGCUCCUGCAGUGCGACGGCGUGGUGCUCACGAGCGACGGAUCGGUGCUCGACGCCCUCUCCAUCGCGACGAAAUGCGCGCUCGCCGACGCCAAGAUACCCAAGGUGACCGCCGUCGCGGGCCCGGACGCGGACGAUCCCGCGGAGCUCGAGCUGGACGACGACCCGGCGGCGUGUUCCAAGCUGGACGUGAGCGGCGUGCCGUUGAUCGUCACGUGCGUCGGCGUCGGUAAGUUUAUUUUAA